UUAAUGAUUUAGAUUUGUUGUAUCAAUCUAAAGAUAAUAGUUAUGAUACUAUUAUUACAGUUGAGACAGAUUUAAAUAAGCAACAGAUUUUUGCACAUUCAAAUAUUUUACGUGCUAGAUCAAUUUAUUUUCAAAAUGCUUUAUCAAAAAAUUGGGCUAAAAAAGAAAAUCAAUUUUUUGUCUUAUCACAACCUUAUAUUAGUGCAUUAAUAUUCAAUAUUAUUCUCAAAUAUCUAUAUUGUGGAAUUAUCGAAUUAAAUGAUCUAGAUAUUGAUACGAUUUUGAAGCUCUUAGUUGCUGUUGAUGAGUUGUUAAUUGAAGAACUUAUCGAUUUUAUACAAGACUGUUUAAUUAGUAGUAAUUUUUUAGAAACGCAAUCAUGUAAAAUAUUGAAUUUUAUUAGUAAUAAGUCAAUGUUUACAAAACUUAAAAAAAGUAUUUUCGAAACUAUUUGCGAAAAACCAAAAGUUUUAUUUGAUCAUGAUGAAUUUCUUGAUUUAGAGAAAGAUCUUUUAAAAUUAGUUAUUCAACAUGAUGAUCUUGAUAUGAAAGAGAAUGAAAUUUGGAAAUAUUUAAUCAAAUGGAGUAAAAAUCAUUCAGAAGAAAGUUUACUUGAAUUAAUCAAUUAUAUUAGAUUUUAUCAAUUUAUUCCUAACGAAUUUAUGAGUGAAGUAUGGAAACAUAAAAAUCUUUUAUCUGAAGAUUUACUUAAAGAUAUAAUAAAUUACUUUUUAGAUACAACACGAGAACCAAAGUAUGAUAUAUCAUUUAUCAGAUUGGGAAAUUUUACAAUUAAAUCAGAUUUGAUUGAACGAGAGAUUGCUUUAAUCUUAACAAAAUUAAUAGAUAAAACAAAAGAUGAUGAAUCAAAAGGAUUUAAAUAUAAAUUCACUUUAUUAUAUAAUAGUUAUUUUGAUGGAUGGACACCUCAAUCAUUUCAUUCUAAAUGCGAUAAUCAAGGUCCAACUAUUGUAGUAACUAAAAUUAAAAAUACAACUCUUCUUAUGGGUGGAUAUAAUCCACUUGAUUGGAAUGGAAAUUCACAAUAUAAAAAAACAACAGAUAGUUUUUUAUUUAUAAUUGAUUAUAAAAAAAUAAGUAAUUGUUUUGCAACAUAUAUUAAACUUGAUCAUAUUGAUCAAGCAAUAUAUUGUGAUAAUGAUUGUAAUCCAACUUUUGGUGAAUAUGAUUUUUUUAUUUCACAACAAAAAUCUCUAAAAUAUUUACCAAAAUUUUAUGAUAAAAUUGCGAAUAAUCAUACUUAUAGUUUGGAUAGUUAUGAAAAGAUUACAAAAAUUAUUGUAUUCACAGGAACCAUUGGAGCUGGAAAGACUACAUGUGUGAAAUUAUUUGAAGAUUAUUUGAAACAAAGAGGAUUUUCUGUUUAUCGAUUUAUUGAAGCAUCACUUGAAGUUUCUGAAGAACUUGAACUAUUUUACAAAACUCAAAAUUUUCUAUUUUUUCAAUAUGUGGUUAUCAAUCUCUAUAAAGAAAGAGCAUCACGUAUUAAAACUUUAAUGAAUUAUGAUUAUAUUAUUGAAGAUCGUACUAUCAGAGACGUGAAUAUAUUUAACAAUUUUGUUAAAAAUGAGGAUGAACGAGAAUAUGUGGAUAAGAAAGUUAUUGAAACUGAUCAUCUUGAAUUUUAUAAGGUUGUUUAUGUAGACCCACCUCUUAGAACAACAACUAGACGUAAAAAGAAACGAGGUAGACAUGGUGAAACAUGUUCAAAUGAAUAUUUAAAACAACUUUACACUUUAUAUGAAACUAGCAUUAAUACUAUUUAUCCAGAACAUAUUAAAUUCAAUAACAAGAUUGUUUUAUGUAAAGAUUGUAUUGAUUUCAAACCAUGUCAAAAGAAAUGCGAUCAUUUAUUGAUUACUAAAAUAUUGUAG